AUGGCGGCCAUGCACGGACUGUCCAGAGCGGUCACUCCCUGGCCCAGGGGCAGGCUACUGGCGGUCCCCACGGGGUCACCUGUACAUUGGGCAUCGUCGUCCUCCAACCCCGAGGCCGAUGAAGGGCAGAUCCACCUCUCCGAGAGCUGCGUCCAGAGACUCCUGGAAAUCACCCAAGGGUCCGAAUUCCUCCGGCUGGAGGUGGAAGGUGGUGGAUGCUCUGGAUUCCAGUACAAGUUUUCUCUGGACACAGUUAUCAACCCGGACGACAGGGUGUUCGAACAGGGUGGGGCCAGAGUGGUGGUUGAUGGUGAUAGCCUGGCCCUCCUCAAAGGCGCCCAGGUGGACUUCGGCCAAGAACUGACCCGAAGCUCCUUCCAAGUGUUGAACAAUCCUCAAGCGCAACAAGGCUGCUCCUGUGGCUCAUCCUUCUCUCUCAAACUCUGA